GGAAUAGCAUUGAGAUACACGGUCAUCUGCAUAAUAUUCGCAAGCAUAUUGCUGUUCUUCCUAGGCGGCUACGUUCACGCAAAGAGACGACUGCGCAAAGGGUUGCCCUUGCUUGGAUAUCACCGAUGGAUGAUGCGUCGCAGUGUGAGAGAAGGGCAGCAGUACCAGUAUCAGCAGCCCGUGUACUCGGACCCGUAUCAGGACGGCUAUUCUAUGCAUGGCUAUGCGCCUCCACCUCCGGCGUAUCACAGAUUCGAUGACGCUCCACCUGCUUAUGUUCCUCCACCUGCGGGCGCCAGCAAGGCUAUGGCUGACCAGCACUACUACAAUAAUCCUCAGGCUCCACGAACCAGGAACGAGGGUGAGGGCAGGGAGGAAGCGACCAUAUCCGCCGCCGUGCCCGUGCCACGGUAG